AUGCAGCGCUUCGGUCCUUCAAGGCUUAUCUUGUUGCCUCGAUUGCAUGUCUGUGGAAUCUCUUUGGCUUCAAGUCGGAGCAUCCCCCGCACUCUUGGAGUUCGCCGUUGCGCUCUUUCUGUACCCGUGAGAUCCGCGUCCACAAGCGUCGAUGGCAUCUACGAUGUACCGGUUGGGGGUAAUGGUUAUAUAUCCUUAAGCGUGGUUCAACCAAAACCAGCCAAUCUGGUCUCCGCAAAUGUGAUUAUCAACCUUCCCCAAGGGCCUCUAUUCCACGGCCAGAAUGUCAAAGAUCAGACCCAGAAUAAUGGGCCUGAGACUAUUUCUAGUAGUGACGGCUCAGGGGACGCGAUCUCCGCUCGGACGCUGGCAGAUAUAACCUCUUCAACAGUGGUUACAAUCAACUACCGUCUCGGGAAGAUGCCAUUCGACGAGAACCAACUCCCACUACACGCGCGAUUACAAAUACAUCGUGGUGAAAAGGAACCCGAAAGUCUCUAUUACCACUACCCAACCCCAGUCCAUGACACCCUAACCGGAUUCGACUGGGUCCUGGAGAACCUCCAACCAGCCCGUCUAGGCAUCAUCGGCACGCACAUUGGCGGCUCUCUUGCCCUCAUGUUAGCUCUUACAGAACCGCGUUCCGUACAUGCUGUUGCUGCGUUGGAGCCUGUUUGUGACUGGACUUCACUAGACGAGUACUGCACUUCAUCUAGCAUUCCCGUCAGCCGUCGUAGGAAAAGACAUGUCCCGAAGGACUUGGUUCCGCUGUUGGAAGCCCGCGAGAGAUUUUUUGCCAACCUUGAGCGGUACUUUGACUCAUUUGCUUCACCGAUAUUGUUUCUAAGAUCCCCGGGGAAAGAUACGCCCAAGGUCUUUCCGCGGUAUCAAACUGGUCCCGAGUAUCCGGUCCCUGUGCGGGUGGUGGGCCAGGAGGACCCUGAAGAGGAGCUCGAGAUAUGGGAUCCUUAUGUUCUACACGAUGAGAUAAGGUCGCCAAAAGAUCGAGCGCCAGAUUUCGGUUCUCUUCUCGAAGAUCAACCACCAGCCCGCCGCCGCAAAGCCCUCUCCCGAUGGCCUCCCUACGGCUUGGACUAUGGCGCCGGUGGGCCCCCUGAGAGAUACAGCCGUCAACCUAUUGAACGACUCGACGUGACCCUCCCCUGGGUCCGUAUCUUCACAUUUACAGAGCAGCAGUCCAAGGAAAGCACGAGCACAAGCACGAAUGACCUGCCUACACCACCGCCAACACCGUCGGAAGAAAGCGAGAGACAAGAUGUAUUCGAAUACAAAGAACCUGUAAAACGUAGACGGACGCGCAAUGACACCGUCCUCUCCCACCAAGCUACGGAGAUGGUGGAUGUCAUGCGCCGUGCUUGCUUCUUUGGGCGGGAGAGGGGUUUCGGCGAGGAAAGAGUCACGCUUUCCCAUAUCAGCGUUCCCAGCUCUGACCCUUCUGCGCCUGGUGUACUCAGCAGCAGCCAUGCGAAUUCGGAGUAUGGGUCGAAGGAGGCAACGACACUUGCUGGGGGCUGGCUUACGGAGACAUUCGAUUUGGAUAUAAAGACGGAUUCGAAUUCGGAUUCGGAUUCGGAUUCGGUUGCCGAUGCGGAUAGGGGCGUCGAUAAUGUCGAUACUGAUACACAUCGAUGA